GUGAGCUUAACAUCUAGACAGAUGCCAAGUGUUAAAGAUGAAUCUGAGGCAGAAGGAGAAGAAAUGUCUCAUGACAGCAACGAAAGUAAUCAAAGCUCUGCAUCCUGUGACAGUAGUGCAGAACAUAGUGAUAGUGAUGAUUCUUCAGAAAUGGAUGAAGAUGAAUGUGAAAGACGACGUAAUGAGUGCAUGGAAAACUUAGUAGAUUUAGAAAGACAAUUUACGCUUCUCAAAGAACAGCUUUAUCGUGAAAGAAUUACCCAAGUAGAUACAAAAUUAGGAGAGGUUCGAGUCGGAAAAUCGGAAGAAUAUUUAGUACCAUUAGAACGAUUAAAAGAAAAUAUGAAAACAAAAACAGAGGUAGCUGGAAUAUUAAAACAAUAUAGACUACAAAAUAUUCAAAAUAAAUUCUUAGCUGAAGAACAAGCAGCUUUGCAAAAUUUUGAAAGUGAAAAAGAACUAAUCUGGGACUGCAUUCACAAUGAUUUACAAGAAAAAAUACGUAGACUAGAAGAGGAUAGAAAUAAUGUUGAUAUUCAUGCAGAUUUAUGGUUAAAUUCUAAUGGCAGAAGACGUAGAAAUCACACUGAAAGAAGAAGAGCCGUUUCUGUUGCUGGACCUUAUAUUGUUUAUAUGCUUAAUGAUGCAGACAUUCUUGAAGAUUGGGCAUUAAUAAAGAAAAGUCUAAGCAGUCGAAAAACUGAAAUAAUAUAAUGCUAUAUAUAGAUAUAGAUACAUUUUUAAAACUAUUACAAUCUUAAUGAUG